AUGGCAACCUUACACCUCGACUCUGCCAGUGAGGCUAUCUUGUCUGAUCCAAACUUCGAGAUCAUCACUACUUUAGCCUACUCCACCGGGCUGCCAACAGAUCCUCGAAACAAGGACACAACAGCACGGCCUGUAUGCUAUCUCCUUCAGUUCGGCAUAGACAGACUCCAUGCCGCCGCUACGGACUUCUCUUGGCCCAGGGUCUUGCAAGAGCUAGAGCAAGAGAACCAAGCGCAAACGGUGGCCAAGAAGAUCGAGUCACACAUGAUCUCCGCAUUCUCGGACGCGGCUUCAGACCCGGGCAGACGAUUCAUCGUACGUCUGGCGUUCAAGAAGGGGGGAGAGCUCCAAAUCAUGGCCGGCCCACGACCCGUUAAUCAAUCCAUGCCGAUGUAUCCGACUUCUCUCGGGAGUACCCGAGACGAAACGAUCUCAGCAAUACCGGUUUACGUGGACUACCUGCCCACGAGUCCCUCCCUGUUCACAAAGCACAAAACCACCCAUCGCAAGCCGUACAGCACAGCCUGGGCACGGGUCGGACUCGAUGAGACGACCUCGCCGGCAGAAUGCGACGUGCUCUUGCAUAAUCACGAAGGGCACGUCACCGGUGCAGUUUUCAGGACGGCCUACUUCUGGCGCGAAGGCGCAUGGGUGACUCCAGGGAGUGAGAGCGGGUGCAAGCUUGGUGUUUCGCGACGAUGGGCCCUGGAGAACGCGAAAGUCAAAGAGGGAGUGGUGUUGGCCUCGGGAAUCGAGGAGGGAGAGCUCGUCUGGCUGAGCUCGGCGGUCGGCGGCUUUACACAAGGUCUCGUCACGCUGGUGCGGCCGAAGCAAAGAUCGUAA